GACAGGCAGCAUGUUAAAUGCCAGGAAUCACCAUGAGCCAGUCCUGCACGACUCACAUAAAAAACCUCCCGCGCUCUUCGGGAAGCCCUGGUUUUGGCAGCGCAGUAACAACGACAUGGAAGGGACCCGCAGCCUGGCCCGGGUCAUUAUGGAGAUGCAGGAGGAAAUCAGGAAGCUGGAAGCUCAGAAUAAAAUGAUGCCAAAGGACAGAAAGGAGGAACUGGACCAAGAGCAGGAGCAGACGAGGGAAAUGUUUUGGGAGGAAGAGCACGAAAACCCAUAUGGGAAUCUCAGGAGGAAUGCAUCUGCUCCGGUUUUAAAGGGACAAUUUAAGGAAUAUAAAGAUAACGUCAGCAUGACUGUGCGAAGAUACUCCAUGAACUCUAGCCCAUCUGGGGCUCCACGAAACAAGCAGGUGGCCAACCUUGGGGGGCGUCAAAGCCACUUCGGAUGGGGGCGUAUACAGGAGGAGGUCCGGAGUGGGAACGACCAGCUUGAUCAAUCUGCCACUGAUGUGGUGUCAGUCAGUAGCACGAAGUCCUUUCAGGAAUAUUUGCACAAGACCAGCAGAGCCAAGGUUAAAACAGUCACCUUCCUUCUACCGGUGGACGACAUUUACACCAACAAACCAGUUCUGCCUAAGCCUCAGGAGGCCGCAAUCACCGAACUGGCUUUCCACAACUGACGCCGAGUCAAGAGAGGACCAAAGGUGCCCACCCGGACACGUAAAGACUUUAAACUCACUUGACAGAUUGUAGGAACACAAAAUGGGUCAGUCUUUUCUUCUGAUCACCUUACAUUUCUUUUGGCGUCGAUUGCACAGACUGGUGAUGCGACACCCGCAUGCUAGAUCACAUGUCUUGUGGUCAAGGUUUUGGUAUUAAACCUCUGCAGGUGACCAGCUUUUUUUAUUUAUUUCAAGCACUUUAGGUCAAUGACUAAUGUAUUAUUCAUUCGCCCUUUUCUCUUGAAGUGAAAUAAGAGGCGCCACGUGUGACCCUGUUGUGGAUGCUGUCCACUGACAAAUCAUUAGGUACACUUACGCCAGCCAAAAUAAACAGAAGCAUCAAGAUAGUUUUAAAAUUAAUUUUAAGCAAUACUGUCUCAUAUUGUGUGGAUUUUUUUCUUUUGGUUUUAGGAUAAAAUGUUGAUCUCAAUAAAUUAGAAUGUUGCAUUCACAGUGGGCCAAAUAAGUAUUUAGUCAACCACCAAUUGUGCAAGUUCUCCUACUUGAAAAGAUUAGAAAGGCCUGUAAUUGUCAACAUGGGUAAACCUCAACCAUGAGAGAGAAUGUGAAAAAAACAGAAAAUCACAUUGUUUGAUUUUUAAAUAAUUUAUUUUCAAAUUAGGGUGGAAAAUAAGUAUUUGGUCACCUACAAACAAGCAAGA